CACGAAUAGAACCAUGCAGAGAGACAGAAGCAAGGUCUCACGUUUUCUGUUUUCGCCAUGGUUGCACUGCGGUUGUCACUGUUGCGCUGUCAGCAAAAGAUAGAUGGAAGGCGAAGGAGCUGGGCCUGUGGCCGAGAGUGGCUGGCCCUUGACCGUCUUGGAGGAUCCAGCGAAGUGCAGUUCCGUCUCACGCGUGGACUCCGUCGCAGAGUUUCGGGACUUUGUGCGUCAUGGCCGGCACUCGGAGGGAGAGAUGUGCAUCCUCACUGAAGGCAUCUCCAAGCUGCAGUUGACAAACUCCAUCCCCGAGACCUUGAGCGAGGUUCUUUCGCAGCGGAAGAAGCUCUCAGCCGUUGAAGCCCUCCUGAAGACGAUUGAGCAAGGCGAGGAUCCCUGGACAGGUGAACUCUUCUGGUGGCCGCCGGGUGAGACGCGACGCGAGGAGGUGUUGGGGGAAGAUCUGCGCAGCAAGCUCUUAAGAUAUCGCCCCUUCGUCGAAACGUGCUACGCCGCAGAGCUCCGAAGCUCGCGGAGGGGGCCGCAUCCUCGAAGCUGUGAGCAGACUGACACCUUGACGAGCCUGGAUGUGAAGGACCUGGUGACCUCGCAUGGAUCCGUCCCUCUGUGGGACCGAGGACAUGGCUUCCUUGGAAGCAGUGGUGCGGGCAUCGGCCUGCACGUCGACCAGGCUUGGUGGAGCAACAUCGCAAAGAACUUCUAUGGGUACAAACUGGUGGCACUCUGGGCUCCAGGCUCCAACGUGUUGGAGACGUGUGGUGGAGAACUCUUCAGAAAGCCUUUGUGCCAUCGACACCUGAGCGCCCUAGAUCGCUGCUGUGCGGUGGCGCUCCUUCGACCAGGGGAUGUGGCCUGCUUCACUGGAGGCUUGCCCCACACGACCUUGGUGGUGGGAUCAGAACUCAAUCUCACUUUCUAUGAGAGUUUCGUGAACUGGAAUUGUGACAAUCUUGCUUUGCUUCUUUCAGGACUCCAAAGACCCAUCGACCAAGCUUGGUGGCAGAACAAUAUGUCUCCCGAGUUUGCGCAGACCGUCCUGGAUGAUAUCCUACGAGUGGUAGAUGCAGGAGGCAAGUUGGAGGAAUUCCAGGAACGAUUUGUCUCAUUCCUUCGUUCGAGGCCCAUCGCUGCUGCUAGACUGGCUGGCAAGGUUCGUCCAAGUGGAGAAGCCCCAAUGAAAAGGCGAUGUCUCAGAUCCUGAGAACGGGGCUGCGCAGAGCAGUGGCUCCAUUGCACUUACUAUAGCCAGUGCAACCCAUACUUUUUCGAAGGAGGUGAACAGCAUUGCGCUGACCCGACUUAGUGGUGAAAGAGUUGAUCAUGGUGUGCAAGGACCUUCCAAGCAGACUCUGCUGCCACCAGCACAUCCCAAGCAGACUACGCAAGCUGCCUUCCUGAAGGAAGUCUGCUGAAGGGCAACCGCGCAGAAUAUUGGCAAUCUAUAACUCUCUAUGCAGAGAGAUCAGAGAUUUCACAAUGAGGGGACAGCUUUCAACUCGUGUGAUGUCCUGUGAGACAGGGUCUCCUCAUCAAAUUGCAGGGUCUCCUCAUCAAGUUCUGAGCAGCCAAGCUGAUGAAAUGAGCGAAUGGUACUGCAUUGGCAUUAGUACAGCUGUCC